AUGGAAAAUACAAGAAAAAAAUAUAGCGAAACCCAAAGUGCUAGUAAGAGAUGUGGUUGUCCUUUCAAAAUUAGGUCAACACCAUCGAAAGAUGGUUCUGGAUGGAAGAUCGAUGUAAAAUGCGGAGUACACAACCAUGGCAUACUUGAUAGAUUUGAAGGUCAUGCUUUCGUAAAUCAACUAAAUGCAAAUGAUCAGCAACAUAUUGUUGAUUUAACAAAACGCCAUGUUCCACCAAGACACAUAUUAUUGUCAUUGCAAGAGCGUGACCCGGAGAAUGUCACUCGGAUCACGCAACUAUACAAGCAUAAAAGUAAGAUACAAAAUGACAUAAGGGGUCCCAGAACAGAAAUGCAACAAUUGUUCAAGUUGGUUGAAGAAUCAGGUUAUGUUUAG